AUGGCGCUGUCUGCUGAUCCCCCGCCUCCACCUGCUGAUCUGCGCCGUGCCGUAACCGGUCAUGACGAUUGCGGUACCGCGUGCGUCCGGAGCGACGAUUUGCUUCCGUCGAGUGAGUCGCCGGCGUUCCCUGGCGUCUGGGGAAACAAUAUUUGGGUGACGGAGGCGACACCUACUGGAGAUAACAACAGCGAUGUGGACGGCGCUGCAAGGCAGCCUGAUAGCGAUUUGGGUAUUGUGAUGCACAAUGGCACGGUCUUGAGAUAUACGGAUCUAGCACCUGGAGCGUUAGCCGCUAUGACAUCGUCCUUGGAUUAUAACAUCUUGAUCCAGGGCAAGCUCGUGCUGAUUAUGGAAGAUGGAACAGAGACAAAGUUCGAAACGCCGGGGGACAUCGUUAUCCAGCGGGGCACAAUGCAUGCUUGGAAGAACCCAGGACCUGGUUGGGCCCGCUGGGUGACCGUAUUGGUGGACGCGAAGCCGGCUGUGAUAAAUGGCAUCCCUCUGCCUAUGGAGGUCCGGCGGUGA